AUUUCGAAAGAUAGCACCCUGAGCUAAUCUGCCUGUCGUUGGACAACCCCUGGGCUGCGUGUUCUCGACGCCGAAAGACGUGCAUAAACUGCUACCCACGAGGGAAAAAACAUGCAUCGCUUCGUAUAUAUGUCAUGUGGAUUGCCUCGAUAGUCCCUGUUUCUUUUUAGGGCGCGGGGGACUCGGGGUUUUUUUUUGGCUCGGUUUGGCGCAUUGCUACUAUCGACUAGCUAGCGAGCUAGCAUACUUGCUAACACCCAGACGGGAAAAAGCAGGAAGGAGAGCACCGACGAAGCUUGGCCUUUAAACGGUUGCUCUACAAGCAAACGACGAUUCUUGUGAAAACACAAACAGGAUAUUUAUUCUGGCAUAAGGGCUAAGAUGGCUCCUGACUCUCCUGCUCGCUCCAACUCCAGAUCAAAGUCCAGGUCCAGGUCUUUGUCAAGAUCGCACUCAAGAAGCCGCUCCCGCUCAAGAUCCAGAAAACGGCGCUACAGUUCAAGGUCUCGUUCUCGCUCUCGCUCACGUACUCCUGCAGCUUAUCGAAAUUAUCCCUCCCGGGACUAUCAGAACAACAGAGGUGGGUUCAGGGGCUACAACCGUGGCUAUCGAAGGCCUUACCACUACCGGGGCCGAAACCGAGGCUAUUACGCUCGUGGUCACUACCAGAACAGGGGAGGUGGCUACGGUUAUAAGUCCAACUGGCAAGGUGGCGGUGGAGGCUGGCAUGACCGCAAACACGACCAGGACCACCGCUCCCACAGCCCCAGAAGGGGGCGGUCACGCUCCCACACACCGGCUAAACGAUCCGGAAGCCGCUCCCACUCCCGUCACUCUGAACAGUCAUCAUCGGAGCAGUCUCACCGCUCCAGGAGCUCUAGCUCCUCCAGGUCGCGCUCCUCCACACCUCGGCAUCGCAACAAGGGCAAGCCCAGCUCCAAGAUUACAAAGGAAAAGCAACCAGAAAGCCAAGUGGAGAAGCCAGGCCCGGCAGGAGAUGGCAGUGUUAUUGAGAAGGCAUCAGGUGGUAAAUGGAUCGACUAUGACACAAGCCCCAAACGUGGCAGCUCAGAGACGGCUCAGAAAGAAGACGUGACAGCUACUGUGACUGGCAGUCCCGCCAAGUCUGGACAAACUGCUUCCUUUGGCGGCUUUGGCUUCUUCUCCAAGGAGGAUUCCAAAGGUGGCGAUAAGACGGUGAUCUCUGCUGCCUUCAAAAAGUUCCUGGCUGAAAACAAAAGCAAAAAGCAGGCAGCUGAAAAGGAGGAUGGUCACGAUGGCGAGAAGAGCAGCGCAGACAGAGAGCAAGAGAAGGGCGCCAAGUCUGGAGACAUCUUCAGCAUCUCUGUCUCUGCUUUUGGUGACUCCAAGGAAGACAACACUAUGCCAUUCUUCGAUGAUGAAGAGGAGGAGUUCCUCAAAUCUCAUGGGUUGAAAGAGAAGGAGGAAGAUGGCGGGGGCAAGUCCAGCGUGACUGCUCGGGAUAUAUUCGGGAAAUGGGGUGACGAGCCGAGCUAUUCCACCUCCUACCCAUCAGGAAAGGAGAAAAGCCGUAGAGAUGAUGAUACUGAGACCUUAGACAUGGAAGAGGAGAUGUAUCGAAGCCGCAAGCACAGUAAGAAAGAGGAGAAAGCCAAGAAGAAGGAGAAGAAAGAUAAGGAGAAGGCCAAAAGGAGUCCGUCCCCUUCUACGACUUCCAAAGGCAAGGGCAGGCCGCUUUUCCCUGGCGCCUUCCCUCGUCGCGAGGAGUCUCCCGCACAACGUCUGUCUUCAUCCAGAGAGGAUUUUGAACAAAAAGUUGCUUUGAUGGAAGAAAUGCCAAGCUCCUCCCUGUCUAAGAAUCGCUUCAUGUCCAGAGAGCUGGUGAAUCCCUCUAAGAAAGAUCCGGAGUUCCGUUCAAUCUUUCAGCAUAUUCAGUCUGGUCAGCUUCGCAGCAGCCCCCCAGAGCUGUUUGCUCAGCACAUAGUGUCCAUUGUGCAUUACAUCAAAGCUCAGCACUUCACCUCUACAGACAUGACUUUAAGCGAACGCUUCGCCAUGUACCAAAGGAAAGCUGCAGAGAUAGAAAUGAUGAAGCCAAGGAAGAGCCCAGAAAUCCACAGGAGAAUUGAUGUUUCCCCCAGUGCCUUUAAGAGGCACUCUCACCUGUUUGAGGAUAUGGACGAGACAAGCUUCAAGGAUUCAAGCAAAAAGUUCAAAGGGGACCCGAUGGACCUUCGCCUGGAUAUUGAAAGGCGUAAGAGGUUUGCAGGGAAGGACUACAGGCGUGAGGGAGGCAGGAGCCCCGGAGGCUCCCGAGGGCCGAGCAGAGAGAGGUCCUCUGAAAAAUCUGGAAAGCACCACAAGAAGUCCAAGAAGGGAAAGAAGAAGCGGGAUCGCUCUCCAUCGUCCUCUUCCUCCUCGUCCUCGCCAUCCCCUUACCCGUCCGCACCUUUCAGAGGGAAAGAGUACAUGGGAGAUGGGGUGGAGCACUUUGAGGAGGGAUACGGUCACCCACGUUACCCCCCGCGGGACUACGGUGGCCCCGGGGACAGAGGCCCUCCUCGGGAUUAUGAGGGCCCACACAUGGAAAGAGGCAGAGGCCGUGGAUUUUUCCCCAGAGUGAGAGGACGAGGAUGGAACAGGGGCAAUUAUCCCGGCAACAACAGCAAUGGCAACCCUGUCAACAUGAACCCUCAAGGGCGCCCUCCAGAGGAGGAAUGGGAUCCCGAGUACACACCCAAGAGCAGGAAGUACUACUUGCACGAUGACCGAGAUGGGGAGAAAAACUGGGUGGACAACCGUGGGCGAGGCCGAGGUUCCUUCCCGACCCGCCGGGGACGCUUCGUCUAUCGCAAAGGAGGCAGCAGCCCCAAGUGGGCCCACGACAUGUUCCAGGGCGGAGAGAAGGCAGCAGAGCUGGGAGACGACAACAUCGAGGGCCAGCCUAAAGACACCAAGAACGCAGACGAUGGCCUGAAGCCCUAAACAGCCAUCAAUGUGUCUGUAUAGCAACGCUUGUAAAAAUGUCUUUUUUUUUCUUCCUUUUUUUUCCCCGCCUCCCUCUCCAGCUCUCAUGUUGUGUAAUUUUCUCUGGUGUCUAAGGCUUUUAUGUCACAUUAGAUGAAUGAAUGAAUGCUGCUGAGGAAAAAAAUCCUGAGGCAACUUUCAAUGAGGAAAGAAACAUUUGUGCCUUCAAAGGAAAAAAAAAAAAAGCUGAAGGAGCUUUUUAAGCUUUUUUUUUCCCCCCUGUUCAUCUUCCCCUCUUCUCUCUUCUUAUUUGGUGUUUGGAGCCCUGAUGGUGUCUUGAUGUUAAAGCUGCAUGACAUGUUGGAUUACUGCUUCUCCCCACGGGACCAAUCACUACCCUCCAAAUUCAUUUGUAUUAUUUUAGUGUCACGAGCUAUUCUUAUGGGCCACAUACUUGUUGGUGUGUUUUCAGUUCAAAAAAAUUAUCCACUCCAAAAUAUACGGUAAUUGCUCUGCUUUAGUCACAUGGAUAUAGUGUAGCGAAAUAGGUUUACAUGAUCAUUUUAGUAAAGUGGAUGCCUUUUAUGUUAGGAGUUUUAAUUGAAACGUUACACAUAAACGUAAUUGCUAACUCUAAAAAAAUAUAUUGUAAUAUGUUUGGACAAGCUUAAAAUUUGUGGGUUUGUUUUCACACUUCAUUGAAAAAAAAAAUCAACAGGACGUUUUAAGAACUAGAUUAUCUUUGAGUACGUUCUGCAUGUACGCAACAAAACUGUUUAGUUUUUUUCCGAUUAAUACCAAACAGAGGACUUUUAUACUGUGGAAGAGCUUUCAUGUUUGUCUUUUAAUUUUCAAUAAAUGAUUUUUUUUCUUUUGA